AUGGAAAAUUUCUUUAUAAAAGGAAAAUCUCAACUGAAUGUGAGCGACAAAUCCAUCUACGACAACUCAGCAUUCAUUGAAAAUAGGUCUUUAAAGACUGAAAAUACACGCAUUGAACUGCCAUUCACACCGAUCUUUAUGAGAAACUUAAGCUUUGACUAUUUUCUAAUUUCAAAAGAUCAGACACUGUACAGAAUUAACAAACACAAGAAGGAAAUUGAAAAUAUCGGGAUGAUAACGGAUAAAAUACUGGCUAUUGAGUGUGCCUAUGACAAAAUUGUGAUUCUAACAGACAAGGAGAUUCUGCUAUUCAAUGCAUACUUCAAUUUGGAGAACAGUGUCGAGUUAGAAUCUGUCAUUGUAAGGAAAUCAGAGAACCAGUCAAAUACCAUUUAUGAUUCUGAUAUUUCUGUGCCUUCCAAUUCUACGUUUAAGAUUAGGUUUGGAGACUGGGUGUUUGCUGUUAUUUUCCCCUCGUUUUCCUUGAUUUUUGAUUUUGAUUUGAAAACCCUUGGUAUAAUUGAUGAAAGUAUUGUUGAUGCUGUUUUCAUAAAAAAAUAUAAUAAGUUUGCAUGCUUGCAUUUUUCUUCAAAGAAAAUUAGGUUUUUUGAGCCUAAUGGACUGGAGCAUGGAGAUUCGUUAGAUGCUUUUGGAGACUCUUUGUGUAUUCUAAAAGUCGGUGGUGGCGUAUUGUUAAUAGCUAAUGAGUCUGGUGUUUCUGGAUAUUACAUGAAGAAUUUUUUCUGGUACAAAAAAUUUACAUUAAAAGGCAAAUUCUAUGGGAUUGAAGACAAUUCAAUCAUAAUGAAGGAGAAUGGAUAUCUGUGCAGGUAUUAUGUCUAUAGGGAACUAUCCGAUGGGCUUGUAAUCAAUGGAAAUGAGCUAUAUUAUUCCAAUUUUCAAAGAGCAAUUAUUCCACCUCCAUUUUAUUACAAGAAAAUUGCUGUUAACGAUCAAAUUCACUGUUUUUCUUUUAAUAAAGGCAGUUUAGUCAUUGUUACAAGUUUGGAAAUCCACUCCUUUUUAAUAGAUAAAAAUGACAAUAUUACAAAGACAGGCAAUCGGUCGUUCGCUGAGCUGAAUAUUGGACAGCCCUUAUACGCUGACGUUGUAGAGAUCGAUGGUUCUCUAAUUAUUAGAACUAACGAAACCGUGGUCUAUUUGAAUAAUAGACUGGAAAACUGUGUCUAUGACUUGCAGAAUAUCAAGGAUAUUUCUCCAAGUCAAAUUCUGAAACUCUGCGAUGUAAAGGGUAGCCUUGCAGUAUUUUGUAUGAGUGGACAGUUUUGCAUGAAUUCAUUUUCUAUCACUUUUGAUUUCAAACUCACGUCAAACUUUGACAUUCAAUUCAACAGUGACUAUACUAGAAUCUACUUUUUAUCUAAUGGUGUCUUACAGUAUAGUGGAAUUGCUAAUAACACCUUUAAUAGGUUGGAACAGAGACUUUCAAAUAUGAGCUUGGAUGAAAAUUUAAGCCCAUUUACUUACAUGACAGAUGUUUCUUCAUUCCUUAUACACAAGCAGUAUGUCUUGUGCAUUAUCAAGGAUGCUCUUAAUAUUGUCAACUUAAUAGAUGGUGCUACAUUUUCUAGCUAUGCAGAGGAUGACUUAGAACUUCUAACUGUAAGGGGGGAAAAUAUAAUACUUUACACUCGCUUUGGUACCUUAGAAACUAUUUCAUGCAAGCUUUUCAGCUUGGACGUUGUUAGAAAACUUAUUUCUGAAAACAAAAUUGAAGAGGCUGCAAGAAAAUGCGACAAAAACCAUAUCAAAUAUUCCGUGUUUUUUGAGAGUGGAGAGUUUCCAUCUGAAAACAUUCGGUUUUUUGAUGACUCCCAAGCUCUAUCAAUGUUUGAAUGUAUGGCAAUCCCUGAAUCGACAUGUUUGCUAAGCUGUGAAUAUUUGGAGAGACUGGAUUUGAACUUUGACUAUGAUUCUAUUCUCAAAAACAUGACUUGCACUGAAUACAACAACUCAUGCAUCGAUGUGGAUAUUAUUUUGCCAUUUUUUGAAGGGUUCAAAAACUUUCCAACCAGAAUCAAUUCAUAUGAAAAUCUGAAAAACUGUGAGUUUUUGUUUGAGCCUUUAAAACAUACACAAGCUAUUACAUUAGAGCCAUCAUUUUCAAAUGUAAAUGCUCUUUUGAGGGGGCUAAAUCCGAGAAAGCAUUUUUCAACAAUUAUUAAUAUUUUCAUCGCUCUUAACAGGAUUGAUCUUUGCUUUUACCUGUCUGAUUUGUCAAAGGCUGUCAAAAUUUUACUUACAAAGCUAUCUCCAGAAACUAUUUGCAAAUCCUCAUUAGCUACCUUUGAUAUUGAAAAAAUAAUUGAUAUUCAUAAAUUGUGCCAGAGGGACUACUCCACUUUUGUGUCCUUCCAUAAUUCAUCAAAAAAUGCUAAAUUCUCUGUGUAUGACUAUUUAGAAAAGUGGAAACUUGCAUUGUUCUAUCUGGUUGAAGAAUCCCUUGAAGCAUGUCCAACCCUCACUGCUGACUCCCCUGAGUUCACUCAAAUUGGUGACUAUGCUGUCAAGCACAACCUAUUUGAUCAAUUACUUAUGUACACAUUCUACAAUGUGUUUAAAUUUAAUUUUUAUGAGUUUGUUGCAAAGCAUAAACAGCCACUUGAUUCAUUUUAUUUAUAUAAACUAUCGGGCAAUGUGUCCACCGCUCUUAGAAUUGCCAAGGAUCAUCUAUUUUGGAAGGAGGCACUCGAAUUAGACCAUACACACGAUGUUUGUUUCUAUUUUGCCAAUCUCCUAGUUCAAAAUAGCCGUUUUUCAGAAGUCGCUGAAAUCGUUGAAAAGUACUUCAAAGAUUACAGCAGUGCAAUAGAAUUAUAUUUAAAGGGCCGAUGUAUCUCAAAAGCUUUGAGUCUUUAUAAACGGGUUGAUUUUGAGUCGGGAAUGACGUAUGACAAUAUCAAAAAGAAAAUGGCGAAGGAGAAGGUUGCUAGUUUGAUCCGAUCUACUUCAAUUUCCUAUUUAAAGAAUGACUUUAUAGUUCUCAACAAUCUUUUGGAGUCUCUGGGCAAAUAUAAAGAUAGAUUAGCUGUUGUAAGAGAGAGAUUAAAUGAAAACAUGGCCGGGACACAGACAACAUUUUCAUAUUCUUCUUUGAAAAGUUCUAAAAAAGCACUUUUGAAGGAUAGGCCCGGCGGUAUAUUUGAAAAUGAGUAUGUCAUGAAUAAAAUCCGAACUAUUGCAUUGGACAUUAACAAAUGGAGAAUUCAAGCUGAAGACCUUUUAGAUGUAUUUAAUGAGUUUGGAGAAUCUUCAGCUUCAGAGUCAUUGCACCGACACUUUGACCCAGUUAAAACUACCUUAAAGAAGGAAAUCAAUACUAUUUGGGAUUAUCGAAGAACAGACAUUGAUUUUGAAUUGCCAAACGUUGCAAAGCCAGAACUUUCUGGUUAUUUCGAUUAA